AUGAUAAUUAAAUUUGCUUGUUUUUUUUUAUUGGGGCCAAUCUACUAUUUCACAUUAAUUAUAGCUGUACCUACAGGUAUUAAAAUAUUCUCAUGGUUAGCCACUUGUUACGGUGGAUCUAUACAUUUAACACCUUCAAUGCUAUUUGCAUUAGGGUUUGUCUUUAUGUUCACCAUUGGAGGGUUAUCAACCCACUUGGCCCUCCCUUUAAAGACUACUAUAUGCUGGAAACUUCUAACAAUUAUGCUACUCGAGUUUUAUUUAAUCUCAGUGAUAAUGUAUAAUUUUGAACAAUCAGCAGGUAUCUUACGGAUUAUAUCAAACAAAAUAAAUAUCUUAGUAGGAACCUCAGAGACUAGACGUAGUCCUCAUAAAUUUUUAUGA